CAAUUACUUCAUCCUUUUAAAAAUUAGUUUUGCGAAAAUGUCCAAUUUUGGAAAAAUAAAAAGUGUAUAUUGCAAAGAUUUCGUGACAUACUCAGAAUGCAUCUUCACACCAUCAGAAUAUUUAAACGUUAUCAUUGGCCCCAAUGGCUCAGGUAAAUCCACACUUGUAUCAGCGAUAGUUUUGUGUUUGGGUGGUGAGCCCAAAUUGCUGGCGCGUUCAAAUUUUAUCAGGGAUUAUGUUAAAAAUGGUUGUUCAUCGGCUAAAAUAUCUGUAGAAGUUUGCGACGAGCGAAAGAAUAAGGGAAGCCUUUGUGAUGAAAAAUCGGUGGACUUCACACGCACCUUUGACAAAAACGAUAAGUCAGAGUAUUUUAUUAACGGUCGUUCCUAUUCACGUCGCGACUAUCUAGAGGCGAUAUCAAAAUUUAACAUCCAAGUAAACAAUCUAUGCCAAUUU